UUGUACAAAUCUCUUAACAAAUGUAGCAGAAAACUGCUAAUUUUUUGUCACUUUUUCGAACUCCAACACAAAGUCUUGAUACCUUACCCCCAAACUCGUUUGCUACAUAAACAAAACACACAGCUUCUCGAGCAAAUCAUUCUUUCCUUGCAACAAUGAUGAAGCUGCAACAGUACCUUGUGCCUCACAUCAUAUAUCAUCAACUCAAUUUGAGUUUCUUGGAUUACUUGAGACCACCAACUUCCUAGUAACUUGACAUAGGAGCUAAGGAUCAUGAAGUUGGUGGUGGAAGUUAUAGAUGCCCAUGAUCUCAUGCCCAAAGACGGCCUCGGAUCAGCCAGUCCUUUCGUCGAAGUUGAUUUCCAAAACCAGCUCAGUCGAACCAAAACCAUUCCCAAAAACCUCAACCCCAUUUGGAACCAGAAACUCUUGUUUGAUUUCGACAAGACACAGAGCCACCAUUGUAGCAUAGAGGUCUCUGUCUACCACGAGAGACGCCCUGUCCCGGGCAGGAGCUUUCUUGGGAGGGUUAGGAUCCCUUGCUCAAAUCUUGUCACCAAAGACGACCAAGUUUAUCAGUCUUUCCAGCUCGAGAGCAAGUCUCUCCUUUCGUUUGUCAAAGGUGAGAUUGGCCUCAAAAUCUACACUUUAUCACAAUCAAACAUCCAUAUUUCUUCUCCUAAAAUCAGCCUUCCAACACCUCCUCCUCAUACUCUUCCUUCUACCACUAGUAGUACAACUCAAUCCCCCAUUGUUGAUGAUUCUAUCAAGUUGAUUGAAGUCAAAGGAAACACUAGAACUCAUACAAAUCCCGCGGAAACAGCCUCUCCUAGCAAAAUUCCAAUCCAAGAAGCUGGUAGUGUGAUUGAAGAGAGAUCAGAAACCACUCACCAAAUCCACAAGCAUCAAUCUGUGCAGCAACCAAUCCCUACAUUGCUGACUAGAGCCGACGGUGUCCAUCUCCCAACAAUGCAGAACCAAACCGGACCUAAGCUGCGUAGGAGAGCAGAGCACGAGGCCACCAGACCACUUCACCGAGACAACAACAACUUUAACAACACCACCACCAACAACAACAGCAGCAGCAACAACAACAACAUCAACGUCAACAACAACAACAACAGCAGCAGCAAUGACAACGACUUUGAGGUGAAAGAAGCGAGCCUCCACCUCGGCGAGCAGUGGCCUAACAACACGGGGAGAGCGUGGAUGAGUGGCGAAAGAAUGGCAGCCACACUAGACCUCGUGGAGCAGAUGCAUUACCUCUACGUCCGAGUCGUCAAGGCCAGGGACCUCGCUGCCUCCUCCGACCCCUACGUGGAGGUGAAGCUCGGCAACUACAAGGGCAGGACGCGCCACCUCGAGAGGAGGCCGAACCCUGAAUGGAACCAGGUAUUCGCCUUCUCGAAAGAGCGAAUCCAAUCGUCAAUUCUCCAAGUGCUGGUGAAAGACAAGGACAUGAUCGGGAGGGACGAUUGCCUCGGAGGAGUCGUGUUUGAUCUGAAUGAGAUUCCGACUAGAGUCCCUCCGGAUAGCCCUCUGGCGCCGCAGUGGUACAGGAUGGAGGAUCGGCGCGGCGAGGGGAAGGUGAGAGGCGAAGUGAUGGUGGCGGUGUGGAUGGGAACUCAGGCGGAUGAGGCGUUUACAGAGGCGUGGCACGCUGACGCCGCCUCUGUUUACGGAGAGGGCGUGUUCAACAUAAGGUCGAAGGUGUACGUUUCGCCUAAGCUGUGGUACCUUAGGGUUAACGUCAUCGAGGCUCAGGAUCUGGUGCCGAACGACCGGAGCCGCCUCCCGGAGGUGCUGGUGAAGGUGCAGAUCGGGAAUCAGGUGCUGAGAACGGGGAUCUGCCCGAGCAGGACGGCGAAUCCGAUCUGGAACGAGGAUUUAGUGUUCGUCGUUGCGGAGCCGUUUGAAGAGCAUCUGGUGUUGACCGUUGAGGAUCAGAUUCAUCAAUCGAAGGACGAUGUUCUCGGAGGGAUUACCGUUCCUCUGGAUUCGAUCGAGAAGCGGCUGGAUCACCGUCCUGUGCGAUCGCGUUGGUUCAAUCUGGAGAAGCAGAGAGAGGUUAGAUUUUCCAGCAGAAUACAUCUGAGAGUGUGUUUGGAAGGAGGCUACCACGUGCUCGACGAAUCGACGAUGUAUAUAAGCGAUCAACGCCCCACGGCGAAGCAGCUGUGGAAGCCUCCGAUUGGAGUGGUGGAGUUGGGGAUCGUGAGGGCGGAGGGGCUGCUGCCGAUGAAG